CUCUCUCUCUCUCUCUCUCUCUCUCUCUCUCCUCCUCCCUUCUUCCUCCAGCUCCCCUCUGCUAUACUCCGGGAUCUCUCUCUCCUGUUCUCCUGUGCUUGGUUGGCCCAUCUCCUGUCCUCUGGGUUCUUCUGUGGAUCUCUGUGGUUCUCCUACCCAGCGGUCAGACAUGCCCAGCGGACCCAUCGCUUGCCACAGCACCGAGAGGACUCACACAGGUGGAACUAAGAUCUUCUGCCAGAAAAGACUAUAACAAGUCUCAGUUCUCUUCAUCACUCUCUUUCCAUACUCCUAUUUUGUAUCUUUCUGUCUUUCCAUAUUCCUCUCCUCUAUGGUCUUGUCAUUUCCAAUUUUUCACAUAUAGAUCACCAUGUCAUCUUUUCCUCAGGAAGGAGUCUGAAUUUCACCACCUCCUCUCUCUCUCUCACACACACACACACACACACACACACACACACACACACACACACACCCACACACACACCCACACACACGUGCGCGGCUCGUCUCCGUCUGAUGCCCAGAGGACGUCUCUCUGCCCUCAUGUCCUCUGCCGUGACCCCGUCCUCCAAAACCCCGUCCACCGCCACUGGAAGCUCCGGUCCGAUGGGUCCUAAAGAGCUGGAGCUGAUCCUGGUGAAAGAGCAGAAUGGGGUUCAGUUCACCGCCUCGACGCUGGUCAGCCCGCCACACACGGUCAAACACACCCAGACCCACCCGUCGGGCGGGGAGCGCGAGACCUGGGGCAAGAAGAUCGAUUUCCUGUUGUCUGUCAUCGGGUUUGCCGUGGACCUGGCCAAUGUGUGGAGGUUCCCCUACCUCUGCUACAAGAAUGGAGGAGGGGCGUUUCUGGUCCCCUACCUGUUCUUCAUGGUGAUUGCUGGGAUGCCUCUCUUCUACAUGGAGUUGGCCCUGGGACAGUACAACCGAGAGGGGGCCGCAGGGGUCUGGAAGAUCUGUCCCAUAUUUAAAGGUGUGGGCUUCACAGUUAUCCUAAUCUCCCUCUAUGUGGGCUUCUACUACAAUGUGAUCAUCUCCUGGGCACUCUUCUACCUGUUCUCGUCGUUCACGGGCGACCUGCCCUGGGUCAACUGCAACAACCCCUGGAAUAGCCCCAAUUGCUCUGACCUGUGGGCCAACAACUCGCUUAAUGACAGCCAGAAGACCACACCAGCGGCAGAGUACUUUGAGCGAGGGGUAUUGCACCUGCAGGAAAGUGGUGGUAUCCAUGACCUGGGUCGCCCCCGAUGGCAGCUCACCUCUUGUCUGGCCGUGGUGAUCGUCAUCCUAUACUUCAGCCUCUGGAAGGGGGUCAAAACCUCAGGGAAGGUGGUGUGGAUCACUGCCACUAUGCCCUAUGUGGUCUUGACUGUGCUGCUGCUGAGAGGUGUCACCCUCCCUGGAGCCAUGGACGGCAUUAAAGCCUACCUUAGCGUGGACUUCAUGAGACUUCUCGAGGCUCAGGUCUGGAUCGAGGCAGCUACUCAGAUCUGCUUCUCUUUGGGGGUCGGGUUUGGUGUGCUAAUCGCCUUUUCCAGCUACAACAAAUUCAGCAACAACUGCUACAGAGAUGCGAUCAUCACCAGCUCUAUAAAUUCCCUGACUAGUUUCUUCUCUGGUUUCGUCAUCUUCUCUUUCCUGGGCUACAUGUCACACAAACACAACAUAGCACUUGACAAAGUGGCCACUGAUGGUCCAGGUUUAGUCUUCAUCAUUUACCCAGAGGCCAUUGCUACACUGUGGGGGUCUCCAGUAUGGGCUGUGAUCUUCUUCAUAAUGCUGGUCACUCUUGGCAUUGACAGCGCUAUGGGCGGUAUGGAGUCGGUGAUCACUGGCCUGAUAGACGAGUUCAAGUGUCUCCACAAACACAGAGAGCUCUUCACACUCUUCAUUGUCAUCUCUACCUUCCUCAUCUCCCUACUCUGUGUGACCAACGGUGGCAUCUAUGUUUUUACUUUGUUGGAUCACUAUGCUGCUGGAACCUCCAUCCUGUUCGGGGUGUUGAUUGAAGCUAUCGGCAUCUCCUGGCUCUACGGUGUGGAUCGCUUCAGCGAUGACAUCGAGGAGAUGAUCGGACAGAGGCCUGGACUCUACUGGAGAAUGUGCUGGAAGUUUGUCAGUCCCUGUUUCCUGCUGUUCAUGGUGGUGGUGAGCUUUGCCACGUUCAACCCUCCUAAGUACGACACCUAUGUGUUCCCGGUGUGGGCCAACGUGGUUGGCUGGUGCCUGGCCAUCUCCUCCAUGACCAUGGUGCCCCUCUACGCCAUCUACAAGUUAUGCUCACUGCAAGGCAGCUUCUGCGAUAGACUGGCAUAUGCCAUCACCCCAGAAACAGAACAUCACUUGGUAGAACGUGGUGAAGUACGGCAGUAUACGCUCCAUCACUGGCUUGUGGUUUGAGUCGCGCCAAUCAAAGGGAGGUAGACAGCACAGCAACCAAUCAGCAAGCUCACUGCUGGAAAAAUCUGUGGACGUGUCAACCAAGCUGUCAAGAAAUAAAUCCAUAGAAACUAGUCAUGUUUUCUCUCUUGUGAUUGGGUAUGUGGCUGUGCCGUGUGGUUGGCCGUCUGUCGCUCUCAAUCUAAACUCGAUAUCCAAUGACUGUUAAACAAUGUCUAUGUUGUUCCCCCAGUACUUGUGUGUGUGUUUGUUUUUUUUGUUUAUAUUUAAUUAUUUAAUGACCUCAGUGGUAGAUUGCAGCUGAGACAAAUUGAUUUCUGAGAUGUGCUUGAAAUGUCACUGGCAAAUCUGUUCCGCAAAAAAAUUAAUAAAAAAGACACAGCGCGCAAAUAGCA